AGAGGAGGAUCUCUUCUCUUCUCUCGCAUCAGCAUCGCGGGGUUUAAUCGCUCUUUCUCCAUCGCCGAAGCGUGGGAGGCGUCUGUCAAACCUGUGGAGCGUCUGUCUGUCUCACUCUCUCUCUCUCUACCUCUCUCUCUCCCUGUCUCUGUCCGUCUGUCUGUUCGGAAGACACUACACACACCGUCUGUAGUAGUAGUUUGGAGACAAUAAACCAGUUUCACUGCUCUUUGGGGGGGGGGGAAAUCUCCGCUGUCAUCCCGGAAGACUCAUCACAAUCUCGCCUCAAAGGAAGUUGAAGCAAACAGCUGUGGUGUGCGAGUGAUUCGGGAGCCAUGGACGCGUUAAUGAAGGGUUUCUCUAAAGCCAAGGAUGGGGUCGUGGCGGCGGCGGAGAAAACCAAGCAGGGAGUGACUGGGGCAGCUGAGAUGACGAAAGAUGGGGUCAUGUUUGUCGGUACCAAAACAAAGGAUGGAGUCACAACAGUUGCAGGUAAAACUGUGUCUGGAGUGUCUCAGGUGGGUGGAGCGGUGGUUACCGGGGUUACGGCUGUGGCCCAGAAAACUGUGGAGGGUGCAGGCAAUAUCGUUGCUGCCACUGGAUUGGUCAAGAAGGAUCCAGCCAAACAAAGUGAUGACGCCUCAGCGGUACAGAACAUGGCAGAGUCACCGGUUGAUACUGACCCUGCUGAUGCUACAGAGGAGGACACCGAUGACAAAACUGACUAAGAACUUCACAAUCAAAGAUCAAUGAUCGAAACAUUCCAUGUCGCUCUGCCAAGUCCCGUCGUGCCUCGUUUUGGUCCUUUAUGGAGUCUGUGCCCAACGUCUGUGGGUGUGUGUGUGCGUGUGUGUGUGUUUGUGCUGUUACGUAUGUCUGUAGAGCUGUAAAUGUUGUAAAGAAAGACAGCUGCUGUAUGAGUGUGCACAUGCGUGGAUGUGUGGGACCUCAGGUGUGUGUCCCCUGUGACCAGCUGUCAUUUACAGUGACUCCCUCCCACUGAGAAAGCCACCUGGUCAACGUGUGCGUGUGUGUGCUUGAGUAUGUGUCUAUAUGUCUGUUUCCCGUCAACUGUGUGGCAAUGUCAACAACUCAAACAUGGAAAUAUACCACAAUUUACCACUUCAAGCACCUAAGUGUCUCUAUAUAAAUGAACAAUUUACAGUGAUCUGGUUGAAAUGGAAGCAUAAUGAUAGUCUCUAUUUUUGUCUGUAUACUGUCACUGUUUUUUGCGGUGGACUAUAAAGUGCUGAGCUCUUUGUGCAUUCACAUUGUAUUUUUUAAGUUAUCACUGCUAUAAGAAAUAUAUCUCAUACUGAAUGGACUUUUGAAAACCAAGAGCAUGUAAACUACUAUUCAGCUUAAUCGCUGUGAUAUGAAUUUAU